AAAGAAUAGUUCAGCGUGCUAAUAAAAUAGUAAAAUUUUUUAAAAAAUCAUAUAAAGCAGGUACUAUAUUGAAACAAAAAAUUUUACAAUAUCAAAUUAGUGGUGAUGGUCUCAAAACAUAUAUAGAAACACAGUGGACUACUGUAUAUGAGUGUGUUUAUUCAAUUGUGCAGCUUAAAGUUUGUCUAGAGGAAAUUAAAAAUAACUAUUUUGAAAUACUUACUCCUGUUAUUUUAACAAUACUUCGUA